GCUCGAGGGGCGACCGGGCCGGGGCCGCUGCACGCCGAGGGCGGAGGCCGAGUCGGGCCCCCGCCGCGCCCCGGCGGCUCGCCGCGCCCACCCCGCUCCGCGCCGAGGGCUGGACGAUGAGUUCCCCGGGGUCCGGAUUUAUGAAAAUAUGCAUCAGUUUAAUACUGUCUUGGAAUUCAUGAGAUGGAAGCAUAGGUCAAAGCUGUUUGGAGAAAAUUGGAAGUACAGUUUUAUCUAGCCACAUCUCUGAGGAGUCAAGAGAAAGCAGUGGAAGUUGGAGUCAUUGUCAAGUGAUUGAGACCUUUUACAAGAAAAUCUCUUUGAAUAAGAGUAAUUAAAAUUAGCGACAUAACAAGACCAGUUAUUAGAGGUCACAGUAUACAGGAAACAUUAAAACUGAACAAUGACUCAGCUGUAUAUUUACAUCAGAUUAUUGGGAGCCUAUCUGUUCAUCACUUCUUAUGUUCAAGGGCAAAAUCUGGACAGUAUGCUCCAUGGUACUGGGAUGAAAUCAGACUCUGACCAGAAAAAAUCAGAAAAUGGAGUAACCUUAGCACCAGAGGAUACUUUGCCUUUUUUAAAGUGCUAUUGCUCAGGACACUGCCCGGAUGAUGCUAUUAAUAACACAUGCAUAACGAAUGGGCACUGCUUUGCCAUCAUAGAAGAAGAUGACCAAGGAGAAACCACAUUAGCUUCAGGGUGUAUGAAAUAUGAAGGAUCUGACUUUCAGUGCAAGGAUUCACCAAAAGCACAGCUACGGCGGACGAUAGAAUGUUGUCGGACCAAUUUAUGUAACCAGUAUUUACAACCUACACUGCCCCCUGUUGUCAUAGGUCCAUUUUUCGAUGGCAGCAUUCGCUGGCUGGUUGUGCUCAUUUCAAUGGCUGUCUGCAUAGUUGCUAUGAUCAUCUUCUCCAGCUGCUUUUGUUACAAACAUUAUUGCAAGAGCAUCUCAAGCAGACGUCGUUACAAUCGUGAUUUGGAACAAGAUGAAGCAUUUAUUCCGGUUGGAGAAUCAUUAAAAGAUCUUAUUGACCAGUCACAGAGUUCUGGUAGUGGAUCUGGACUACCCUUAUUGGUGCAGCGAACUAUUGCCAAACAGAUUCAGAUGGUCCGGCAAGUCGGUAAAGGCCGAUAUGGAGAAGUAUGGAUGGGUAAAUGGCGUGGUGAAAAAGUGGCAGUCAAAGUAUUUUUCACCACUGAAGAAGCUAGCUGGUUUCGAGAAACGGAAAUCUAUCAGACAGUGCUGAUGCGCCAUGAAAACAUACUUGGUUUUAUAGCAGCAGACAUUAAAGGUACAGGCUCCUGGACUCAGCUCUAUUUGAUUACUGAUUACCAUGAAAACGGAUCUCUCUAUGAUUUCCUGAAAUGUGCCACACUAGACACCAGAGCCCUGCUCAAGUUGGCUUAUUCAGCUGCCUGUGGUCUGUGCCACCUCCACACAGAAAUUUAUGGCACCCAAGGAAAGCCUGCAAUUGCUCAUCGAGACCUAAAAAGCAAAAACAUCCUCAUUAAGAAAAAUGGAAGUUGCUGUAUUGCUGACCUGGGCCUUGCUGUUAAAUUCAAUAGUGACACAAAUGAAGUUGACGUGCCCUUGAAUACCAGGGUGGGCACCAAACGCUACAUGGCUCCGGAAGUGCUGGAUGAAAGCUUGAAUAAAAACCAUUUCCAACCCUACAUAAUGGCCGACAUCUAUAGCUUUGGCCUGAUCAUUUGGGAAAUGGCUCGUCGUUGUAUCACAGGAGGGAUAGUAGAAGAGUACCAGUUGCCUUAUUACAAUAUGGUACCCAAUGAUCCAUCAUACGAAGAUAUGCGUGAGGUUGUGUGUGUCAAACGUUUGCGGCCAAUUGUGUCCAAUCGAUGGAACAGUGAUGAAUGUCUACGAGCAGUUUUGAAGCUCAUGUCAGAAUGCUGGGCCCAUAAUCCAGCCUCCAGACUUACAGCUCUGAGAAUCAAGAAGACACUUGCCAAGAUGGUUGAAUCCCAGGAUGUAAAGAUUUGAUAAACAGUCCUGAGGAGAAAUUCUAGACUGCAGGAACUGUUUUCACCCAAGGAAUGGGUGGAAUUAGAGUAGAAUAAGGAUGCUAACUUGGUUCUCAGACUCUUUCCUCACUACACCUUCACUGGCUGCUAAUAUUAAACCUUUCAGUACUCUGUAGAAUACAAGCUGGGAACUUCUAAACACUUUGUUCUUUAUAUAUGGACGGCUUUAUUUUAAAUGUGGUUUUUGAUGCCUUUUUUUUAAUUGGGUUUUUAUGAACUACAUCAAGACUUCAAUCCUGAUUAAUAAGUCUCCAGACUCUGGGUACUGAAUUCCCUGUUCAUAAAAUGGUGCUUUCUGUGAAAGCCUUAAGAAGACAAAUGAAUUCAGCGGAGAUGGAGAAAUACACACUUUGCCUUCUACCUGAGGAAGUUUAAUCUGUUUGUAUCCCACCUUUGUAAACAGCCUAUGGAUUAUGAUCUGUUGGGGAUACUCCUUAGUUUAUGAUAGUUUGUCAUGCUUUGAUGGUGGUGUGUACACACGUGCACGUGCACACAUACACACACACACACACACACCAGGAUUCUUCUGCUGCCAUUCGAAUUAGAAGAAAAGAAUUUAUGGAUGCACAGGAAGAUAUUGAUGGCUGUUGGUUUUGUGCUUUAAAAAUGCAUUAUCUGACCAAGAUUCUCCAAUCACAUAAAAGCCAUUUAUUUACCUUGCAAGUGAGCAAGCUUCUCUGCCAACUUUAUUUUUUAACAUGAAAGUUGAUACAAAGGCCAAAAGAAGUUUAAAGUGUCUGUAAAUUUGGUCUGUUUUUCUUUCAUUACCAUCUUUUUCUUCCUCCCUCCCUCCCCACCUGCUUCCUCUCCCCUCCCCUCCUCUCCCUCCCUUCUUUCCAUCUCUUUCUUUUCUUUUUUUCUUUUUGGUAAUUCUUACUUUUGUCCUGAGAAUCAUCUUAUCCAAAGUUGGAACUUCCAAUGCCAUGAACCUUCUGAAGAAAAACACUUCUUAUUGAAGUGAACUACUAAUUACUGCAUUUGAUAGCAAUGUAAGUGCCUAUAACCAUGUUCUAUAUUCUUUAUUCUCAGUAACUUUUAAAAGGGAAGUUAUUUAUAUUUUGUGUGUAAUAUGCUUUAUUUGCAAAACACCUCCUUUACAACCAUAUUUUAUAUAUGUACAUACAUGUAUACUGUAGAAACCAGCUCCUGUGUACCUCAUAUCCCAUUCUUAAGGGAAAAAAAUUAAGAGAUCAUCAGAAAAAAAAGAAGUUAUAAAGUAGAACUACAUAUAAAUUUUCAGAAUUAAUGCAUUCAAAAGCAUAUAUCAAAUCUAGGACUUUGUUAUUUCAGGCAUAGACUUUCAAUAAGAUGCUGUCAUCUCAUGUUUUCUUUGUGAAGGGAUCCUCCAAUUAGAAGUUUCUAUUUCAGGGCUGAUAGAAACUUACCAACAACUAUUUUGGGCAUUUAAAUCAUUUGAGACUUUUGGUUUUAUGAUUUCUGUUCCAUAACUUGUGAUGACAAUGAAGAGUCAGGCAAAAAAAGCUCAGUAUCUAGUGAUAUGACUAUAGACUAUGAAAUGUCUGUAGCCAUUACCUGUGUCUAUUCCAUAGAGCUAUUAUUCCGUACAAUGCGACAUAUUUUAUGCAUGCCUUGUUAUCCCAAGGAAUAAUUCUGAUUUACUUAAACUUACACUUCUGUAAUGCCUUUUUCCUGUUAAUAUCUUAUCCUGAACAAACAGCUCACGGGUGCAUAAAGUGAAUAGUUUUUUUUUUGAAUGUAACAUAAAAUAAAUGUGAUUAUAUCACAACAUAGUUAAAAACCUUUAAAGGGGAGGAAUCAGAGCACGUAUCCAUCCAUUACUAAAAAUCUGGCUGGCGUUUAAGGAUGAAACUCUUACUUAUUUAUACAUGAAACUUCACAAAUUUGAGAUUUUCUUGAAUAGUUUUGACUAAGCUUAGUAGUUUUCAUCUAACAUAAUUAAAGCUUGAAGUGUUCAUCAAAAUCAGUAAAUGUAUAUAUUGAUAGUAUACAAUAACGUGCUCUUUCAGAAUGUUCUCCCUGUGUCUGUACUGACAGAUUCUAAUCCAUGCUGCCAUGUGAUUUAAGAACAAUUCUGAGCUCUGAUCAUAAUCUAAGGUUGCUUUAUUUUUUAUUGGAUAAACUAUAGAUCUUGGAAAUUAUUUGUCAUCUUAAUAACAAAGUAUGUAAAGAAAGGCAAACUCUAUUCUUAGUAAUGUUAAAAUAGUGUGUGAGAGCAGACAAUUACAGAUAGUAUAUAAGUAGAAGACCACUAUAAUGAUUUUUUUUUAAUAAAUAGAUCUAUGAAAAGUGGUAUCAAGAAUUAACUGCAGCGGCUUGUUCAGUUAAAAUAUUUUCUAAGAUAGCAUGUUCUUUAGAAAGCAAAUGAUGCCAUAUUUGAAAUACUAAAGUCCAAAAAAUAUGCAUGAAACUUAUUUUCUUCUCUCCUUCCUACUCUCACUGUUAAAUUUCUAAGUUCAUCCAGUAAGUGAAAUAUUUAAAGACUAAGAGGAAGUAUUACAUAGUACUAUAUAGUUAAUAAUUUGUAAAACCCCAGGAGCCAUUAUUUGGCCCCGCUUACAAUUUAGCUUGAAUCUAGUUUCUCUGGAAAUGUCUUCACAAAAGAUAUUUCGGUCAACAUUAGAAGUGUCCCUAAACUUAGAGAAUGGCCUAUAGCUUUUGAAAAUUAUGUUUUACAAAACGUGCCCGAUUUUUUAUUUAUGCAGUCUAAAAAUACUCAGUACCUUUUUCUUUCAUGCGUUUUACUUCUAUUUAGGACAAAAAUGUAAUACAACUUUUAAAAAAUCAUGUAUCUCUUAAACUGGCCCAAGAUCAAAUUCGAUAUUGAAUUAUUUAUUCCAGGCAAGAUGUUAUAAAUUAAGUCACUUAUGUUUCUUUUCAUACACGUUGUUUGGAAAUGUUCCAAAUACCUAAAUUAACCUCAACAGGAGAAAUACUAAUUGAUUUUCUAAAAAAGAUUGUUGUAGCUCUUGUACUGUCGAAAGGGGUGGUAUUUAUUACUUGCUUGGGUCAGGUGUUAAAAUAGGGUAGCAGUUCAUCAUAUUGCCUCAGUGCUGUUAUGAGAGUUACAGUGGAAAACCGCACAGAGCUGACUUGUGCAUAAACACCAAAUUAAAUCUCCGGCUGGCAGCACGUGAAGCCACGUGUGAUGAUCAUCCCAUAAGGAAAGUAUGUGAAUACUGCUUUUGCAAAGGAGUAAAUCUAUUACUGUAAUUUUAGCUUGUGCUCUGUACUAUGCUUUCAGUGGAAUUAUUUAAGCUCUUUUAGUGACCAUUGUCCUUGCCCAUUUAAAAACUAAAAUGUAGUAUAUAUACUGUAUAAAUGAAAAUAUCAUUAUAGCUUAAUUAGGGAAGUUGUACAUAGACAUCAAAAGAAGGGUUAAAAACAAGCAGUUUUAUUAUGCAAUUGUAAAACACCAAAAAUAUAGAUUCAUCUUUGAUAUGUAACACACUAAAUGUAUUUUGUACAGCAUCUGGUUUAAAAGGUGCCUUAUUAAGUUUACCAUUAAUUGCUUUGUUCUAUAUAUAGAUUACAUCCAAUGUAUCAUUUUUAAGUAAAUAACCUUAUUUUAGUAUA